AUGGACCAGGACAGGGUGAACAUUAUGCACCAGUACAGGGUGAAUAGUAUGGACCAGGACAGGGUGAACAGUAUGGACCAGGACAGGGUGAACAGUAUACACAAAGACAGGGUGAACAGUAUGGACCAAGACAGGGUGAACAGUAUAGACCAGGAAAUUGUAGAGAGUAUGGUCCAGGACAGGGUGAACAGUAUGGACCAGGACAGCGUCAACAGUGUGGAACAGGACAGGGUAAACAGUAUUGACCAGGACAGGGUGAUCAGUAUGGAACAGGACAGGGUUAACAGUAUGGACCAGGAUGGGGUGAACAGUAUAGACCAGGACAGGGUGAACAGUGUGGACCAGGACAGAGUGAACAGUAUGGACCAGGACAGGGUGAACAGUAUGAACCAGGACAGGGUGAACAGUAUUGACCAGGACAGGGUGAACAGUAUUUACCAGGACAGGGUGAACAGUAUGGACCAGGACAGAGUGAACAGUAUGGACCAGGACAGAGUGAACAGUAUGAACCAGGACAGGGUGAACAGUAUACACCAGGACAGGGUGAAAAGUUUGGACCAGGACAGGAUGAACAGUAUGGACCAGGACAGUGUAAACAGUAUGGACCAGGACAGGGGUGAACAGUAUGGUCCAGGACAGGAGGAACAGUAUGGACCAGGAAAGGGUGGACAGUAUACACCAGGACAGGGUGAACAGUAUGGACCAGGACAGGGUGAACACUAUAGACCAGGAAAUUGUAGAGAGUAUGGUCCAGGACAGGGUGAACAGUAUGGAUUAGGACAGCAUCAACAGUGUGGAACAGGACAGGGUAAACAGUAUGGAGCAGGACAGGGUGAACAGUGUGGACCAGGACAGAGUGAACAGUAUGGACCAGGACAGGGUGAACAGUAUGAACCAGGACAGAGUGAACAGUAUCGACCAGGACAGAGUGAACAGUAUGAACCAGGACAGGGUGAACAGUAUACACCAGGACAGGGUGAAAAGUUUGGACCAGGACAGGAUGAACAGUAUGGACCAGGACAGGGUAAACAGUAUGGACCAGGACAGGGUGAACAGUUUACAUAA